AUGAUCAAUAAGCGAAUCCAGAUGUUCGGAUCACCCGCAGCGUCGGUGUGGGCUUUAUUGUGGUUAGCCGUUUUUGCGAUUAACGCAAAUUCGUCCGAACUAAAGGAGUUCCAAUUCAAGCACCACAACAAUGAAGAAAUAUACGAUGCCAUUUUGCAAAUACGGGAAAAAUGCCCAAGCAUCACUAGUCUGUACAGGCUGUCGGAAGACUCCGUAGAAGGCCGUCCACUUUUAGUCGUCGUGUUUUCAAUUCAUCCAACUUAUCAUAAGCCAAUGGAUCCAGAGUUCAAAUAUAUAGCUAACAUGCAUGGUAACGAAGUACUCGGAAGGGAGCUACUGUUGAAAUUGGCGGAUUACUUUUGUGAUGAGUUUAUAGCCGGAAACGAGGAAAUAGUAAAAUUAAUUACCAAAACUAGGAUUCACCUAAUGCCGACAAUGAAUCCUGACGGAUGGCAAAGAUCAACAGAUGAUGGAGGCAGCAACUAUUUAAUUGGGAGAGACAACGCUGAGGGCGUGGAUUUAAACAGAAAUUUCCCAGAUUUAGACCGAAUCGUUUUUGAUAACGAAGCAUAUUACAAAGACAUCAACAAUCAUUUAAUGCAAAUGGUAGAUCAUUUGGAUCAACCGGUGCAACCAGAAACCAAGGCUGUAAUGCAAAUGAUUAUGUCCAUACCGUUCGUGGCUUCAGCUAAUCUUCAUGGAGGUGAUUUAGUUGCCAAUUAUCCAUACGACGCUAGUAGAUACGGCAAUGUGCAAGGCGAAUAUGCCACAAGUCCCGACGACGAAACUUUUAAAUGGUUAGCUUUAUCCUAUUCAAAUUAUCACGCAGAUAUGGCCAAUCCAAAUAGAAUGCCGUGUAGAGGUGGUGACAAAAAUUUUGGCAAAGAAGGUGGUAUCACUAAUGGUGCUAAAUGGUAUAGUGUUAGAGGAGGAAUGCAAGACUUUAACUACUUAUCUUCCAAUGAUUUUGAAAUUACCUUAGAGCUGGGUUGUGACAAAUAUACAAAAGAAAAUGAACUAGAAAAAGAAUGGAACAGAAACAAAGAUGCACUCAUCAACUUGAUAUGGCAGUCACAUAUCGGAAUUAAAGGAAUAAUUAAAGACGCGGUUACGUUAAAACCAUUAGUAAAUGCAUUUAUCAAAGUGGUAAAUGUUACUAAUGGCCAACUGUCACCAAUCUUACACGAUGUAACUUCCGUUCAAGACGGAGACUAUUACAGACUGCUCACAAAUGGUGAUUAUCACGUCACAGCUUCCAUGGAUGGAUAUUUAUCUUCGACUAAAUUAGUUACUGUCGAAAACAAACACCAUAACGAAGCAAAAGUAAUGAACUUUACGUUGCAGCCGAUAAUUUUACCCAGUAAUUAUAGCAAAAAGAGAAAGCGUUUUGCAUAUUCCAAUUCAAUCACUGCUGAUAAAUUACAAAUGUUUUAG